AUUAUCAGAAUAUCCGACUACAACAAUCAAUCUUUGACACACCAUGUUCGGAGAAGGCAAGAGAGGUGCGAUUGCUUUAGAGCCCUACUCAGAUACUGAAGCUCUCCUUGGAGCAUCAACCACACCUGAUGACGAUGCUAUAGAGUCUCCAAGCAGCUCGACUUCUAUCGACCUUGAUCAAUCCGAAGUAGAAGUCGACAUGAGGAAGAAAAUGAUCAACAGCCUUCUUAUGUUCUUGUUCAAGAUGGUGAUCGAUAUUGCCGCACCGUUAAUUAUCUAUCACAAUCUGAAGCACUAUGUUCCUGUGCUUGUCGCUAUCAUGGUGUCCAGUACCCCGCCUCUGAUCAUGGUCAUUGUCACCUUUUUGUACAAACGAAAGAUCGAUAUUAUGGGAUGUUUGUGUAUAUUUGGCUUCGUUUUUUCCAGCAUUGUUGCCAUAUCCACUGGAGACGUUCGCCUCGUCAUGCUCAGAGAUUCGACUAUCGGCUGUAUCAUUGGCCUCUGCUUUCUUUUCUCUUUAAUACCCAUUAAAACCAAACGCUUUACCAAUCUCCCACUGCAAUUUUUAUUCUAUGCUCAAUUCCUUGACGGUUUGCCUCCCGUCUCUUGGAAGGACGAACUCGGCCAUCAAUACACCCUCAGCCGCGCUGACUGGCAGUACACUUAUGUGCCCUACGUUCGAGCAUUCUGCUUUUACACCACUGUUUUAUGGGGUAUCGUUCUGGAGACCGAGUUUGUUAUCAAGGUCACUAUGAUUCAAAGCAGUCUGACUAUAGAUCAAGUGGUAAGCUGUGGUUCUGCGAAAGGUACAAGUAAAUAGGUCAAAAGCUAAUGAAUGGUGUUCUGUAUGCAGGUCAACUAUGGAAGUAUCGUGUUUACUUCCAUGACUAUAGUGGUUAUGAUUGUGACUGUACUGGUAUCCCUCCCCAUACGCCGCAAGACUAAAGAAGCAUAUAGGAUCUGGCAAAAACAACCCUACCAUCCUGCCCACCCGCUUACGCUCAGAGCAAUUGAAACGGGACCGGAAGUUCAAGAGGACGGACGGUCUAUGACAACAAUGUAAUUUGGCUAUACCCUGGUUUUUCUGUCGCAUAUGACAGAACUUGUUUAUUUAGAUCCUUUGCCUUGGAUCAUUGUACAGUUAAUUUUUUCAUUAUUUUUUGUGCUAACUGGCUACCCGCUUUUUCCCUGUCCUCCAUACAGUUUUCACCAUUGUAACACAAUAACAGUAAACUAGCCAUUUCGUUGAAAUUGAGAUCGUUUUAGAUAUGAG